AUGGAAACGAAUCAAAUUUUUUAUUACGUUUCCGCCAAACCUCAAGCAAUCGUUGAAAUUCCACCUGAACCUUAUCCGAUUCGGUACGAAGAACAACCACAAGAAUUUCCAGAAGAAAAUUUCGAAGAUAAUUUAGUAGAAACAGAAGAAAAGAAAGAAGAAAUCGAUUUGUGUGCAACCAAAAGAUGCGGCGCUGGAAAAAUAUGCGAUGUCGUUAACGGUAAAGCCGAAUGCGUUUGUGUGCCAACAUGUCCAACGGAAACGGAUGUAAGGAGAAAAGUAUGCACGAAUCAUAACGAAACGUGGAAUUCCGAUUGCGAAGUUUAUCAAAUGAGAUGUUUUUGCGAUCAUAAUAACGAAGCUUGCCGUGGUGAAAAAUUCAAACACAUUCACAUUGAUUAUUAUGGACCUUGCAAACAACUUCCGGCUUGCUUAGAUGAUGAAAUGGCUGAUUUCCCAAGACGAAUGAGAGAAUGGUUAUUUAACAUAAUGAGAGACAUGGCAGACAGACACGAACUUUCUGAUUAUUAUUUGAAAAUGGAAAGAGAAGCAGAAACAAAUUACACAAGAAAAUGGACAAAUUCAGCCAUAUGGAAAUGGUGCGAUUUAGACGAACAUCCACAAGACAGGAGCGUAUCAAGACACGAACUUUUCCCAAUCAGAGCUCCACUUCUCGCAUUGGAACAUUGCAUAGCUCCAUUUUUGGAUAAAUGCGACGAAAAUAACGAUCAUAAAAUUUCACUUAACGAAUGGGGAAAAUGUUUGGAACUUCCAGAGGAUGACUUGGAGGAAAGAUGCGAAGAUUUAAGAAGCAAUUAAAUUGAGCUUUUCUUCUUUUUUCCUUUCUUCUUCUCUUUCUUCUUGUCAACUGACAGAUG